CCGGCGGUCCGAAUCAGGGGGCGUAGGUUUACCACCGGCUCAGUCAGACACAAUGAGCCAUCCGUCGUUGGGGUACGCGCAUGUUGCCUCGGCGCAACUGGCACCAUUUUAACCCACUUUUAGCCGUCGUUGUACACUUCUUUGAUGUACUUGAUUAUUACGGAACAGUGGGAGCUCUUUAUGGGGUUUACAAGUGCGGCUACGUCGAGUUUGAUAAAAACGAGGUCGGGAGUCGACUACAGUAGUUAGCCCCUCCUGCCUGCUGGACCCCCCGCCACCCACCUCAUUUAUUUUUGCUACUUUUUGGACCCCAAGACGAACAAUGUCGGUCACCGCGUCCUCUGACUACUUCGCCGCCGAGUGCUUGGUUUCUAUUUCGAGUGGUCCCGUUUUGCACAGACCCACCCCGGUGGCCCUCGCCGCAAGCCAGCCAAGUACUACCGCGGGCCUGCUCCCCGGGGAGCACGACGGCUCGAGCGAGGACCGCGAAGUGCGGGAGACCCUGAGGUUGGAGGGGGCCAACAUGAUGACCGUGGCCGGUAUCCUCACCGACCUCCACGGCAAGUUCCGGCCCAUGUCGGCCUACUCCGAGAGCAGCAACUCGUCGUGCGGUGGGGAGAGCGGUUACACCACGUUGUCGGACCCCACCACCCCUACCAUGACCCCCUCCGCUACUCCGGUGCCCGGACAGCAACCGCCGAGGGGGGGAGCGGGAGGAGGAGGAGGCGGGGGCGUGGGCCCACCUCGUUCCCCCGUGAAGCGGCACCACUGCACUUUUGACGGAUGCGACAGAGUUUACGGGAAAUCAUCCCACUUGAAGGCACACAUCCGGACCCACACAGGCGAGAGGCCAUUUCCAUGCACCUGGCCCGACUGCGAAAAGAAGUUCGCCCGUUCCGACGAGCUGGCCCGCCACACCCGCACACACACGGGAGAAAAACGCUUCCUGUGCCCGUUGUGCGACAAGCGCUUCAUGCGCAGCGACCAUCUGAUCAAGCACGCCCGGCGUCACCCCGACUUCCAGCCCGCCAUGUUGGGGCGCAACAAGGGCAUGUCCUCUCCCAGCCCGACUGUCCACCAUUAGAUGGUUCAGGUUACUCGGGGUGAGCGGAAGUGGGGGGGGGGGGGCAUUCGUGGUCACAAGUGGGGGUUAACCAGCUACAAUUUGUUUCAUUGAGGAAAAAUACAAGCAUUGCUAUGUGGUGCUGAAGAGGUGCACGUACCCAAAUCAACGCAGGGGCUGGAUGUGAGGGGCGACGAGCAUUCGCUGCGCAUCCCCCACAGAGGAGUCACGUGACCACUUUCCACCUGCAACAUGAAAAGGGUUGGGUUUCAUUGGCUGGUAUUGAACUGAGACCAGUUCCGAAUCCUUCAGUUCAGAUUUUGAUGUGCUUCUCGAUUCCACUUCAUCGAUUCCCGGAAUUAGUCCGCUCGCUUGCACCUUUUCAAAUCGUCGCAAAAGAGAAGUGUGGCGUUAAAACAAAGCAGAAAAUCCCCCCUCGAGAAUCGAAAAAGCAGAUUUCAAUUGAUCCCCCCCCCCCUCAAAAAAAAAAAAAAACAACAAAUAAAAUCAACCCAACCCUAAAGUCAUGUCAGACUUUCACACUCUGCAGGGAUUUUUUUUUCUACUUCUUUCUCUGUCGAAAUCUGCACAUCACAGCAACACAACAGCCACAUCUCCUCUGUCAUCUCGUGGUUACUUUGUAAAUUGUUGCCGUAUUCUACAAUUGCAUUUAUUUACUGUGGGUAGCACAAUAAUAAUAUGAUGAUAGGUUAGCACAGCUACAACUAGAUCAUUUCUAUUCCUAGCGCUGCCGGUUCCAUGUUUUUUGCAAGUUUUAGUGGCGAUACAUUCCUUUUGUUUUUGUCUUUUAAAAUUGCAUUGAAAGCAUCAUCCAAGUUAUUUCCUUUGAAAUGAAAUCGAACCAUCGAUCAAAUAUGAAUUUGGCCAUGAAGUGGUUCAAGCUUCACUGUAGGCGACCUGUUUGCACGCCAUCCUAAAGACAUCCUUUAGCUUCCUGGAAACGCUGACACAUAAUACGCAGUAGUAUUAUGUCUAAUAAUGAUGCUCAUGUAUAUAAGCUUUAAGCUUUUAAUGUAGAAAAAAAAAGUAUAAUGCAGCUAGCAGCAGAAGUAAUACAUGUGAUGUAGUCCUUAUAUUAGGGGUAACCGUAUGGGCUUCAUAGGAAGGUUUUGCCUGUGUGUGUUGGUGUGCACGUGUGCGUGCUUUUAUGUUUUUCUUUAGAUUUCUAUUUUUUGUUUUUUGCUCAGAACAGAUGAUUCUUGAGGCGCUACCUUCAAAGUAUAAGCAUCAAGUCCACAAAUAGUGUGGAACCAGACAGCGGAAUACCUUUGAGGGUGCCAGGUUUUCCUCACACAGCAGCCUUAUAAAACAAGACUCUGGCCGUGCGGCGUUCAUGUGGUACUGCUGAGCUAAAUAGAUUGACUAUCCGAGGAAAAAGAACGGGUACAAAGUGUGAUUCAACAUUUCUGUUAGUUCAAAACUUGAUUUGUUAGCGUUGUAAGAGACUAGAAAGGAGAUAGCGGUGAUGUUGAGAGCAAAUACCAAAUAUGCUGGAGAAAGGCCUAAUUUCCAAAUGCAUCUCAGUUGAUUUUGCUGACGCUUGGGCCCACACUCUUUUGUUUUGUCCCAAAAGCGUAGAAAAGAAAGUCUGGAUAGUGACACGCGCAGGCACCAUCUUGCAGCCCAGCUUCAAAGUUAAAGUGAUUUGGUUAAAUACGCAACAUGUAGAUGCUCGAUUUUGUUGCAUUGUUUGAAUUCAUAUUUGAUUCAUAUAGGGUUGACCUCCAAUAACAAAUGAGAGGAAGAGCCUUAAAGCCACACAGCAAAAAUGGCCCAAAAUCCACUUACAAAAGGCCCAAAACCCAGCAGAAGCUACCGUAGGCCCGUACUUGCGCUAAUGGAGACACUCGUCAACACCGUCCAUAAAUCAUGUGAUGUGGAUUCAACCAAAAGCAUCGCAGUGCGAUCAGUUCAGUGUCCAGACUUUUUUUUUUCUUCAUUUUGCGUGUUUUCCAGAUUCCAGACGCACGCACACUAACACAAGAGAAAAACACCAGCCGCCUGUUAUCGUCUUAAGCUUCAAAAUUGACUCCAGUCAAAUCGGUUCAGUGUAAUUCAACAAAGUUGGACCUUCAAUGAUUUCUUUGCAUUAGCAGAGUGUAAAGUUAAGUUCAGAGUCUUAUUCCGUGUUUGACCCACCGGGAUGUGAAAAUGUUAACUCGGAAAAGCUAAAGCCGCUAACAGCAGUGCCAACAAUAACACUAACAGGACAAUGUGACUAACGUUCACAACUUUUUGUGAGUGGCGUAAUUGAAACAAGUUUGAUGGUACCACAAUGCAGCGUGUCAGAGGGCAACUCACUCACUCACUCUUUUUUGCAGGAUGAAACAAAGCAAACCUCAGUCCCCCCCCCCCUCCCCCCCACACACUGUUUGUCCAGCAUGGACCUAUUCCUUUAGCCUCAACACCUCUUCAGGACACUCUGAAAGCCUUAAACUGUGUUAAAACUACUUUGCACCAUGUUUACAGUUUGAUCAUUGUAGAGGUAUAAACACUAUGUCUUCUUUUGGGGCUCUUCACACAUACUCCUUAUGCAACGUGGCACUUUUGUCUUACAGGUGUACAGUUCUUGGCUGGAAAAAACAAAACACGCCGGGGCAGUGUUGCUAUGUGUCCUCAAGCAAACACUGUGUAACUUUUUAAAAAUAUGUUGCUGGGUUGUCAAACUGCCUUUUGUCGUAAGGGCUUUCAAAGGGGGUGACCGUGUUUUGAUUUCUCAGACGGACUCGGAUUUGUUCUCAUUGUUUCAUCUUAUGCGGCAGAUGUCUUUGUUUUUUCCCGUUCAACGACCACUAGCGCAUCUUUAUAUACGGGUCAAUGUCAACACGAAGUGCCUUUGGUGUUUCUUCGUCAGAAUCACUCGAUCGUUGUGAAAAGGUAACUGAAGAAAGAAAUUCUGAGGUCAGUGGCCAAACCUUUGCAAGCAUACCAGACUAAUGGAAAUGGUUUUGUUCAUUGGAUGUACUUGAGGUUUUUUUUUUUUUUUUUUUAAAUUGUGGGACCUUGACCAAGAAUCAUUUCUAACCGCUUAACAUCAACAUGAUACAAUGAAUGUGAAGUUCAAUAAAAAAAGAUUUUUCCUGAUAAGAUUGGGACAUUUCAAAGGCACCUUAUGCUGAUAUUGACUCCUACCGUCUCACUGUUCAGACCAAUGACACCUGCACCCACUGGAGUUUGUGUUUGCAAAAGUGUUCCACUUUUUUUGUCUUCACACCUCUUGAUCAGUUUUUGGUUACUGCUGGCAGUGACUCUGGACGCACGGACAGUUUUUCAUACGGAUACACAAAACUACCUGUUUUCCUGCUUCCCAGUGGAUGUACUUCUGUCAAUUUCCUCUCUCACACAUACACAAGUGUCCUCACAAAGACUCUCCAAGAUUUAAAGCUGUCAUAAUGCAAUAAGAACAUACCUCACAGUUUUUCCUCUUUUUUUUUUCUGUCUCUGCAAAAUCCAUCCAACACGUGUCUGUCACGGCAAGAUCCUGUUGCAACAUCAACAGUUUCCGCGCAAUUCUCAUUGAACCUCUGUCGUUGACAUGUAGCGUUAAUGACUCAGCUGCAUGAAUUUUGCUCCAAAGCAGAGUUACUGAAAUGGAACGCAAAAAAGAUAUAUAUAUAUAAAUAUUGGUAAUCUGUCAUUUCACUGCAGAUAUUAAUUGUGCAAGAGCUCAGUCCAAAUUGUUCAUAUCACUGAAUGUGCUUUGUUGGACGCAUUAUCCAUUUUGGAUUUCCUUUUUAUGUACUGCCUAUCUGAGGAAUUACAACAACAAAAAAAAUUUUUUCCGCCACACUAAUUAAGAUGUGCACAUUGUAUUUUUUUUUAAUUGAUGCCUUUUUUAAACAUUAAUGUAAAUUGUUUUUAAUUAAAAAAAUUCCUCUGAUGAAAAGGCUUUAGUUAAGGAGGAAUUGUGGAGUGAAAUAAUUGCUGCAACAAGCUGUUUUGAUAUUUAUAUUCUCAGGUUUGUUCAAUUCUUUAGUAACAGGCUUUCAAGAGUUCCUUUGUGACACAAGCAUGUUUUAUUUCUUUUUAGCUGAUUAAUUUAUUCUGAAACGUAUCAUUUGUGUGGUUUGAUUACUUUCAUAACUACUUUUGUGACAUGGAACUGCUCAUAUUUAAAAAAGGGUUCCGUUGAUUGCUUGACAUAAAAUGCUUUUCUUCCUUUUCCCCCCCUAAUAAAAAGCCCCAAGUUUAUUCAA